AUGGAUUUAAAGAGGCUCAGAAUCUCCAAAUUCUCACCCUUAAAGAGGAACCCCUUUCAAUCAGCCUCUACCCAGCAUAACCAUUCAAAGCCAUCGCCCAAAACCCCCCCAUUGCAGCUUGAGAAUCAGGAUUUGAUCAAACGGGUAACUUCAAUUCUAUCAAACCCAUCUUUAGAUUCGUCUAAAUGUAAAGAUAUAGUCACACAUUUGUCUCCACAGCAGUUCGAUAGUGUUUUCUGCGAUAUUAGGUAUUCUGUGAAACCACGAACCGCAUUGAAUUUCUUUUACUUUGCUUCCAGGUCUUGCGGAUUUAAAUUCAGUAUUAAGUCUUAUUGUUUGUUGAUUCAUUUGCUUGUUGGUUCAAAACUGGAAUCCCCAGCUAGAUUACUUUUGAUUCAAUUGAUCGACGAUAAACUCCCUGUGUUACUUCAUGAUCCCAAAACCAAACACAUCGAAAUUGCCACUUUAUUUAUGGAAUUCCAUUUCACAUCAGACGCACUUCCCCUUCCAACAUUUGAUUUGUUGAUUCAUGUUUAUUGUACCCAAUUCAAAGCGUUUGGCCUCCUUCCUGCUUCAGAUAUACUCCAGUUAAUAGCCGAAAAGCACUUGUUUCCAUCAUUAAACACUUGUAAUUUUCUCUUGACUUCUCUCGUGAAGUCAAACCUCCUUCAAAAAGCCCAUGAGAUCUUCAACAUUUUACGUAGAGGUGUUCAACCAGAUGUCUAUCUCUUUACAACAGCCAUUAACGCCCUUUGUAAAGACCACAAAAUCAAAGAAGCCAUGGCCAUAUUCUCACAAAUGGAGGAAAUUGGUGUUUCCCCAAAUGUUGUAACUUACAAUAACAUCAUUCAUGGUCUUUGCAAGAAUCAGAACUUACAAGAAGCUUUUCACCUCAAAGAAAAGAUGAUCAAGAAAGGUGUAACUCCUAGUCUUAAUACAUAUAGUGUUCUUCUCAACGGGUUAUUGAAAGCUCAAAACUACAAUGAAGCUCAGAGUGUUUUAACUGAAAUGACCUCCAAUGGUUUUCUCCCAAAUGAGGUUGUUUAUAAUACUUUGAUAGAUGGAUACUGUACACAAGGUGACAUGAAGAAAGCAAUUGAAAUUAGAAAUGACAUGUCAUCAAAGGGAUUGAAUCCAAAUUCUGUCACUUUGAAUACUCUCAUCAAGGGAUUUUGCAAUUGUAAUCAAUUUGAAGAAGCUGAAAAGCUUUUGGAGGAAAUGCUAUCGAUUAGUUUAACAAUAAACGUGGGUUCUUUUACUUCCAUUAUUCAUUGGCUUUGUAAGCUUUCAAAAAUGGAUUCUGCUCUUCGAUAUGUUCAUGAAAUGUUGUUAAGAGAUUUAAAGCCAAAUGAUAAGUUGUUGACUAUGAUAGUUACUGGUCUUUGUAAUCAUGGUAAACAUUCAGAAGCAGUUAAUCUUUGGUUUAAACUACUUGAAAAACGUUUUUUUCCAAAUAUAAUAACAUCAAAUGCCCUUAUUCAUGGUCUUUGUGAAUCUUCAAAUGCAAAAGAGGUUAUAAAGAUUCUUACAACAAUGUUACAAAAAGGGUUACAUUUUGAUAGAUCUACAUACAACAUUUUGAUCUCAUGGCAUUGCAAAGAGGGGAGAUUUGAGGAAGGUUUUCAAUUAAGUGAAGAGAUGGGUAAAAAGGGAAUUUCACCAGAUAUUUCGACUUACACUUCGUUGAUAAAUGGGUUGUGUCAAAAGGGUAAGAUGGAUGAAGCUUUGAUGCUUUUUGAGAAGUGUAAAACUAAAGGUUUGACUCCUGAUGUUUCUACAUAUGGAGUUAUCAUCGAAGGGUUUUGUAAAUGUGAAGAAAUCGAAAAAGGAAAAGAUCUUUUUAACAAGAUAGUCAACGAGAAAAUGGAAGUCAACUCUUUUAUCUAUAAUUCCCUAAUUAGAGGAUACACAAGAAUGGGUGAUAUGAAAGAGGCGAUUAGGGUUUGUAAUGAGAUGAAAAGUAAAGGAAUUCAACCGACUUCUGUAACUUAUUCUUCUUUAAUCGAUGGACACUGCAAAAUCGGAUGUGUUGAAGAUGCAAAGCUUGUGAUUGAUGAAAUGAGGGAAUUAGGUUUAUCACCAAAUGUUGUGUGUUAUACUGCUUUAAUCAAUGGGUAUUGUAAGAUUGGGGAGAUGGAUAAAGUGGAAGCAAUUUUGGGGGAAAUGUGUUCAUAUAGGAUAAACCCUAAUAAAAUCACGUAUACAGUUAUGAUGGAUGGGUAUUGCAGACUUGGUGAAACAGAUGAAGCUGUGAAGCUUCUUGGAGAGAUGAAAGAAAAGGGAAUUGUUCCUGAUGUUGUUACGUAUAAUACACUGGCUAAGGGGUUUUCAAAGGAAGGGAGGAUUGAAGAUGCCCUCCAACUAAAUCAGCCAAAAAUCAAGAAUGAUAAAAUGCUGCAGUGUAAGAUCUUGAGAUUACUCCAAAGAACAAACAAGGAAUGCUGCAAAGUCUAUCUCAAGAAGAUUGAGCUUCCAAAUGAUUAUCAUAUCAGGAGCCAUGAUAGUGAUUGGUUAAUGCCAAUACUAUUGCUUUUUCAGGCUUGUGGAAUUUGAGAGAGAGGAUUAAAUUUCAUGGAUGGAGGUGUUUCUGUUUGCCUUGAAGAAUCAGAAACCAUCUAAUUGACUUUGCUUCCUUCUGUACAUUCAACCAAAUUUGUGCAUAAAUAUAGAUUUAUUUUGACAAAAUUGCAAAAAUGGUCCCUGUGGUAUGCAUUUUUUUUUGGAUUUUAGUCCUAACCCCGAUUUUUUUGGAUUGAUGGAUUGUUUGAGCUAGUUUCGUUGCAUAUUUGGUCCCUACGAAUAUUGAAAUGACUGUAAUACCCUUGGGGUAUUUAUUUUUCAUCUCUCU